AUUUGGUACUGACGAUAAGGAAAUUACAUACGAACAGUUGAAUUUGUCCGCUAAAGCUCGCAUAUGGAGUGAUGACUUGAGAAAUAUGGUCGAAUUUAAUUUCAACCAACUUCAUGAAUAUUUGGUUACACGCACCAACAAAUAUGACGACCCCUCAAUGAAAGGUUCCUGCUACAAAAAGUUAAAAUCUUACCAAUUUUUCAUGGAAGGGCACGUGUCGAAUGUUGAAGUCGCGAGGGGGCAAGGACAUACGUGGAUAAAAUCAAAGGGCAUUGCCUCAAUUAAGAAGACUAAAUACAAUGUGAUGGUUGUUUUCCAUAGCAAUGGGGAUGUGAGGUAUGCAGCAUGUGGAUGUCCUGCUGGAUUAUGUAUGAAUGAACAUGGUAAAUGCAACCACAUUGGUGGAGUACUCUUUGCAGUCAACAGUUUUUAUGCCAAUGGCUUACAUUCUAACACGGCCAAGGUAUCAUGUACAAGUAAGCUGAAUGGUUGGAUUGUCCCCCGAAACCUUACUGUACCCCCAAAACCUGUCAAAGAAAUAAAAGUUGAGAAAAUACAGUUUGGAUCAAAUCGAUUAUCAAAAACAUUUAAUCAGAGUAGUGUGUUUGAUCCUAGAGCUCCCCAACACAGAACAUCGGAUAACAAUGAUUUGGAUAUUUUGCAUACAAACCUGAAAGAGUUUGCUCCCUUCUCAGGUUACUUAUUGUUCCAGGUGAGGAUGUGUAUAUUGAAACUGAACAGGUUAUUUUAAAUGUAGAAGUAUAUGUAGAUGCUCCAGAGAAUAUAGUGAAUGUACCAAAUAUUGAUUUUGUAAAAGAAAAUUCCAAUAUCGUUGAUGAUGAAAACAUAAAUGCAGAUUUUGUAGCUAAGUAUGUGAACAGCAUUGUUGAAAAUGAAACCAUUACACAGGAGGAUAUAAAUAACAUUGAAUCAGCUACAAAACUUCAAUCAGAGAAUGACCUGUGGAAGCAAUUACAU